ACACACACACACGCACACACACACAGACACACACAACCGCUGUGCAGUUUUUUUCUCACAACAUAUGUGGCAUGUUUUUGCGGUAGAUCACACUGAUGGCUUCCCCCACUCUGCCCUUCCUCUGUUAUCCGGCUCCGCGAUCACUUCCAGCUCCGUCCCUCUCGUGCAGUCCCUCAACCUGUUUGCCGUUGAGUGUGCCUUUAUCACAUUACCCUACAGUCACCAUGCUCACCCGUCAGACAGCGAUUAUUUUCCUCAUCCUCGUGGCCGUCAUCGCCAUCUACAGUGUCUCCAGGUAUUCACUUGAUGAGAAGUUUGCUUCCGUGCUUGUGGCGAGAUGCAUCGACACCAGCAGCAGCAGGAGCGCCUCGCCCCCGGCCCCAGGAGCAUCAAGGGACGGGGCCUUCUACCGGGAGGCAGACAUCGCCACGUGGGACGAGGACUGGGGGGAGAAGAAGUGUGCGCUGCGGGAGAUGACCAACCUCAGCCAGCUUUUCGACUACAUCCAAACGCCGCUGGUCCGCUGCGACACACAGCUGAUGCUGGGAGGCCGUUUGCUAGGCAAGAGUCGCUACACCGACGGCGAGAAAUGGGUUUGUGUGGACAAGAAAUUCAAAGUGAUUCCCUUGAAAUGUCUGGUCUUUUCCUUCGGCAUUGGGGGAGACUGGUCAUUCGAGGACGAAGUCGAUAGGAAGCUGGGCUGCACGGUGUUUGCCUUCGACCCAACCAUCAAAAAGGAGAAUCACAACCGCACCGCCAGAAUCAGCUUCUUCAACCUGGGCAUCGGCGCCCUCACCAACACUGACCCGCAGGCCAAGAAGAAGGUGGACCGCUACGCCAACAUCCUUGCGGGGCUCGCCCACCUCAACAGUGUCAUUGACAUCCUCAAGAUUGAUGUGGAGGGGUCCGAAGUCGCUUUCUUUGAGGACGUUUUUGGGAAGACUCCCAACCUGCUGAAGAACGUCAAGAUGAUAGCGAUGGAGCUCCACAUGAAAGUCAAUCUCAGAGAACUUGAACCACGUUUCGAAGCAUUUUGGAAAUAUUUUCAACUUCUGGACUGUUUCGGCUUCAAGAUAUGGCACAGCGCCGUGAAUCCGUUCUGUUUUAAAACGGUAGUAGACGGGCAGCACCGCUCCAAGUGCUACGAGGUAGUGUGGGUCCAAGACCGAGAAUGGUAACACCACGAUGCCGGGUGUGGACACAAGACAUCAGCGUCCGGGAGGCACACCUUUUGUUGGGGUGCAUACUCAAAGAAAGCAGGUUAUCGUCAUACUGCUUACCGGCUUCCAUCCGGGCUGGUUACCCGCGCUGGGUGAGCAGGCAAGAUUGGUCCGCUUAAGGUAAAUAUAGUCUACCGACAGGUAAAAUCGUCCCCCCCAAACACUGGCUCUAAAUUUAAACUUGACCCCGUGACGUGAAGUGGCUUGCAGGACGUGCAUGGGGAACUUCUCUACACACAUACAGCACAUACAGCAUGUGACAAGAGGCAAAAAAAAAUUGUAUACCAAUUCUGUAGACAAUGAAAAGAAUAAAUAACCUGCUCGACACAGAAAUAAAUCAAGACAACGGGGAGCUCCGUUGAAUGAAGAAGCUCACCCACGUCCAAGACCCAGAUCUAUACCACUCUGACGUCACGGGUAUGGGCGGAGUUUGGUACCUUGCCUGCGCGAGGGAGGGGGGAUGAUUUUACCUGUCGGUAGACUUUAUUUACCUUGGGUCCGCUCUCGUGCCCGCUUCAUCAAUGCACAAUGGUUCUCGGGGUGGCGGCGCCGGUAACCCGAGCGGAUAAACCUGCUUUCUUUAUGUAUGCACCUGCCUGUUGCAGGGUGUUCAUGUGUGUGUGUGUGUGUGUGUGUGUGUGUGUUUCAUUCACUGCCUGUCUUUUAAUAGCUUAUACUAACUUGACCUAUGAUCUUAUGACUGUCCUGUCUCCUAGAGUUCUCUUCUGAUUCAAGAUCAGGUUUAUGGGAUACCCUCCAUUCAAUAGCAGCUGAGCUAUGGGGCCCAUGGCAGCCUGAACUUUGGCCGUUUUUUUAUGAAAACUGGCAUGGUGUGUUGCCGUUAUCUCGCCUGGGACAAACGCGGAUAUCAAGAUUCUGAUAGCGAAUGCGCAGAUAAAACUGGGACGGGAUCCGAGAGUGGGACGGAAUGCGACGCCACAUCGGGUCGGAGUGGAUGAAUUUUUUUUUUUUUAAAUUGAUAACAUUUGUAGACGCAGUGCGUAUGACGCGCCAGCAACACUACGGAAGGCACGGUAUAAGACCUUGGUGGAGGAAUCACUCUCGGGGGUGGGGUGUAGGGGGGUAAUGAUGGAGGCGUUUAGUGAUUCUGCAUAUCUACCAAUAUAAUUCCUAAUAAUUCAUUAUGCUUUAUAUUGUAACCCUUUAAGGCCCGGUCUAUGUGUGUGUUUUAACUAUGCAUCAAUAUACUUGACGUGUUUAUGACCAGUAGCUAGGACACCCUGCUGUACGUGAAGAUAAUUCAAGGACGAUACAUCAAAAGAAAAAAAUAAAUAAGUAUGAAAACACAACUUAAUGUUUAACCU